AUGAAGCCCAUCACCCAAAGGAGGCGCUCAACAUCUGCUGCUAUCAGCAAAGCACUCAGCAAGUCCAAAGGCCAUUCCAGCAGGGAUAUUAUUUUUUCCUUAUCCCAUCCAGAUAAUGGGUAUCCGGCUGGGGCCUUUGGUAACCCAAAUUCCGUUUUCAUCUUGGACGAGCGCGUACAGCUCACUCUGGGUUUACAGACACAAGAGCGACACUUGUUCCUCUUCAGCGAUAUGCUAAUCAUUGCCAAGUCCAAAUCACCUUCCAGCUUGAAGCUGAAGAAACAGGUGCACUUGGGUGAGGUAUGGACCGGCUCCUGCCUUGAUGAAGUGUCAGAGAAAAAGAUGAACUCUGUGACAUCCUUUGUGAUUGGCUGGCCCACUACCAACUAUGUUGUCACUUACAGCUCACCUGAACUGAAGGAAAGAUGGCUGUCGACACUGCUGUGGCACAUUAACGAAGUGAAGCAGAUUGAAUAUCCCAAAAAUCUAUCCAUUCAGAUUUUGUUGAUGGACGGUGAAAACAGCUCCUCCAACACUGCAAUAAGUGUCUCCAACAUGGAAACAGCAGACGACGUUAUAAAGAAGGCAGCUCAGCAGCUGGGACUUCCUGGGAGGCCAAGUGACUACCACCUCUGGGUAGUAUCAGGAAGGGACAACCCUGCGUAUCCUCUUAUUGGCCACGAGCAUCCCUGCAGCAUUAUUCUUGGCUGCCUCCGAGAUUCUGUGGACCAGCUGCAAGGAUCCAACAACAAUGUGCUGCUGGCUGAUAAAUACGGAACUUCCCUGUUGGAUCAGCUCCCCAGGAAUAGACCAUGUCAGUUCGUCCUGAAACACAGACCCCAUGCUCCAGUGCAACUGCGAAGAGAAAUGUUGCAGAAGCACACCAAGAGGAAGAAAUCUCUGAUCGAUUGGGCUUUCCGCCGAAGCACCAGCACCCCAACUGGCAGCCCAGCGUCAGAGUCCCCAACAACGCCACGGAAACUUUUUGGCCUAUCCCUGACAUCUGUUUGUCCAGAUGGGAGUCUUCCCAAGCCCAUUAUGGAUAUUCUCCAACUCUUGUACCACGAAGGUCCCUCCACAAGGGGCAUCUUCAGGCGCUCAGCCAAUGCUAAGAACUGCAAGGAACUGAAAGAGAAACUCAAUUCUGGAGAGGACGUCCAGGUGGAUGGGGAAUCCGUCUUCGUGGCAGCAGCAGUUAUAACGGAUUUUCUGCGAAAUAUUCCUGACAGUGUUCUGUCCUCAGACAUGCACAGCCUGUGGAUGGAAGCCAUGGAUAAGGAAAAGCGAGCACUUAAGAUCGAAGCCAUCAAAAGCUUAGUGAAUCAACUCCCAGAAGCUAACCUCAUCUUGCUCAGACACCUGUUUGGAGUUUUACAUCGAAUUGAGCAAAAUGCCGGCGAGAAUCAGAUGAAUGCCUUUAACCUGGCUCUCUGCAUAGCUCCCAACAUGCUCUGGCUUCCCAGUCCAACUGGGCCUGAGGAGGAAAGCAAGUCUACAAAGAAGGUGGCGAUGUUGGUGCAAUUCCUAAUUGAAAAUUCAUCUGCUAUCUUUGGAGGAGAUGUUGCUUUGCUGUUCCAAAGGCCGGAGAAAAAGAAGUCCAAAAGUGUGGAUGACUUACUGGUUCAGUGCAACGAUUCCUCGGACGAGAUGGAAUACGCUGCUUCCUACCAGGAAAAAGCAAAGCAGCAUUGUGCUCUUGAAGCAGGCAAUGGCUUGUUCAGCCUGUCCGAUGGGCUGCUCCUCAGCGAGGCUCAAGAAGACUGGGACUUGUUCAGUGAGAUCACGGCUUGCUACCAAAGCAAAGCCGGGCAGAACGCCGGUGCCAGCAGCUACAGCCUACUGGAGGAGGAGGAGGAGGAGGAGGAGGAGGAGGGCUCCUUCUGCUCCCUUGGCUCCAUCGGCUCCCUGAGCCCAGCAAGGGACCGGUGCUCGUCUGAGCCCAGUGUCUGCCUGAGCUCUCAGCUUUCCUCCCAGGCCCACGAGACGGUGGCCCGGCAGUCCAGCUGUGAUGCCGCCAUCAUGCAUAGCCAUGGUGAUUACAUCAGCAGGCUCAAGCAGUUGCAGCUGGCGAGCCAGAAGCUGAUUGAAGAAGGCUUGAGCCCUCGCUUGGGCAGAGCCCGGCAAAGUCUCUGGAGGUCCCUGCCCAGCAGCAAUGUGGCCAAAGCGCUCCGCCCACAGAGCCUCUCCAACAGGUCCAGCUUCUCCAGCCUGUCAUCCACCACUACCUCCCCUUCCGCCUCCUCGCUGAGCUCCUUGGACAGCGCUUUCUCCUACUGCUCUGAGUCAUCUGCCAUCAGCCCCACGGACGUCUCCCCCCUGCCCUUUCUGUUUGGCACAGCCACCAGGCUCCACGCCUUGUCCCCAAAGAUGGCAAAGAGGUCCUUGAAGGAGUGGCACAAGCCCUUGACCUCUCUGUGGCCACUGCAGCCUUGCAGUGCGGACUUUGGGAUGGAGAAGCAAGACCAGGGAGACCAGGAGGGUGGCUGCAGCAGAGGAGAGGGCAGGCUGUUUGUGCCCAUCAGGGCCGUCGGAUGCCCCCACCGUGCGGACAGAUGGGAAGAAGACCAGGAAGAGGCCAGGCACCUGGAGCUGUUCUCUCAUGCUGUGGGAAGCCACUCUUCCGUAAACCUGGAUGGCAGCAUGCCUGCUGCUAAUCCCAAGAGCCUUGCUGUGAUGAACCAGCAAAUACACAGGGAGAAAUCAGUGAAGCACAUAGAGAUCAAAUGCCCGGAAGCUGCCCUUCGCAGUCAUGAAAGUUCGAAGCACACCAAGAUAACAGUUUACAUGGCCCCAAAAGGGAGGCAUCCACGGGAGUCCCCAGUGGGGCUGGGUGAGGAGGAGGUAGCGGUGAUCAACAGGGGCACCAGCUGCGAGGGUGGACGCCACAGUGGCCAGAGUGCUCCCAAGAGCUUACAGACCAUAAGGGUCCAUAUUCCCCAGACAGUGUUUUAUGGGCAAGACACUCCUUUGGUGUUCCAGUCCAUCUCGAGGCGAUACCAUCGUGAACCAGUGCGCCAACCGACACAGGUGCUGCGUCCUGAUGGUGCCUGCCUUGCGGAAGAGCCAGGGCCCCCAGAGCAGCCGUGGGGGCAGCCCAGCAAGGGCAGCAGCAGCAGUGCGCUCAGCCAGACCUUCCGCCUUUUCCUCCCGGCUUCCGUUCAUGACACGGUCCGGGAGUACUUCAGUCAGGGGAGCAGCCAGGACUACUGCGCAGCAGGGGCAGAAGCAGUGGAGAAUGAACUUCUCCGUAACAGGGCAGAGUGGCUUCAGAGCCAGCCUUGCCCCAGAGGCCCAGCUGAGGAGCCUAAGCGCUUAAUGUGCGCAGAGGAGACUUUUGUCUAG